AGCAUCAUAGACAUUCAGUGAUUUUAGAAGUGUUCUCACGAAAUGUUGUGCUUAAAAGUGAUCCUUUCUGCUAUUCUCCUUUUGAAUCUAAAUACUUAUUUAAUGAAAGUUCAGUGUAUUGGUUGCGAAGAAGAAAAUGCAUCUAAUAAAUUGCGUAUUAAAUGCGAUUCCUUUGAGAAUCUCUUCAAAUAUUCUGAUCCAGAAAGGCUAGAAUCAGUUUCUGUGAUAAACAAAGAUCAAUUCAUAUGUGAUGAGCCAAUGUUUGGAAAGUUCAAUUCUGUGUCGGAUUUAUACCUGCAUGAUGCACGAAUUCUGCACAUCAGUAGUGACUGUUUUCAAGGAAUGAAUUCACUCAAAUAUAUUGAUUUGCACAAUAAUGACUUAACAGCAAUCGAAAUGGGUGCUUUUAGAGCAUCUGAUGAAAUGAAAUUACGGGCCAUAUUUCUCAAUCUGAAUCACAUCGUAAAGAUUGACUUUGCUGAUAUUGUCUUACCAGAAGUGACUCAAUUUGAAGCUAAUCACAACAGAUUAAAAUAUGUAAAAAUGCAUACAGAAAAUAUGCCUAAAAUAUCAAUCAUGUAUUUGGGAAGCAAUCAAAUAUCUCGCUUUCAAAUUAAAAGUCAAACGAUGAAAGAUUUGUAUUUACAUAACAACAGAAUAAAAUCAUUCCAAGGAUCUGACUUGUUUCUUCCGAAUUUGAUUCAAAUUAAUCUCGAUGACAAUCAAUUGACUAUAGUAACUCCGGACAUGUUUCAAAAUAUGCCAAAUUUACAGACUAUAAAUUUGGCACACAAUCUUCUGACCACCGUUUCUUUUCCAAACCUGCCAAUGGCAUCUAGCGUGGAUUUGACAUACAAUCGCAUUAAAACUAUGGAAAAUGUUAAUAUUUCAACAUUUGGUCAAAAUUAUUCCUUACGAUUUAGUUCAAAUAAAGUUUUCCAAUUGGAAAGUCACACAGCAUUCGAUAAACUUACGAAAUUCACUUGUCAUUCCUGCUUUAUUCAUGUCGUUGAACCUUUCUUCUUUGCCAAUACAUAUAAGAACAUUCGCCAAUUGGAAUUGGGAAAAAACUACUUAACAACUGCAAAUAUCUUCAAAGCUUACAGCGAAGACCUUAAACUAAGACGGAUUCAGUUGUCAGUGAAUAAAAUUAGGAGAAUCAGAAAAAACGACUUUGAAAGACUUUCGCAAGUUGAGACGUUGUACUUGGAUCAUAAUGACAUUAUCAAUAUAGAGAGUGGAGCCUUUGAUGAAAUGCACAGAUUGAAAACAUUGGACAUUUCUUUUAACCUUCUGGUGCAUCUUCCUGCCGAUCUCUUUGAGAAUAACCCCCUAAAGGCUCUAGUUCUCUCAUUUAACAACAUGCCAUUCUUCAAAGUACCCGGAUGGCACGAAACGCCAGGCGGAAAUCAAACAAUUCAACCUGUUAAUAGUACGCUAAACAACCUCAAAUACUUCUUUAUCGAGAGCAACCCUCUUCAGUGUGGAUGCAUCGAUUUGCUUCGCUCGUGGGCAAAUAAGAAUGGCAUUGACCUGGAAGUUGAUGACUGGAACAUUAGAAAAGGCCUAAAGCCAGCUUGUAUUGUCAACGAUGAUGGUUGCAGUACGAAAGUUGAAUAUGAUUACAUCAAAGAUUAUCGUCGACUAUUCAAUGAUAGGGAAGCUGAGGAAAUUUUCUUCCGAGACGAAGAGAACGAUUAAAAAUCGUCAUGUGGAUUUGUAAAUUGCUAUUAUCACUUUACUUACUAUUACUUGCAUCGAUAACGCAGAAAUAAGUUAUUGAUAAGAGUUGUAUUGCGAUUUAUGUACAUUAAAGCACUUUGAAUAUACUAGCAGUUCCGCAA